AUGCGAUGUUUCUAUAAUCUAUCAAAUAGUCCAAACCUUGAAAAACAGACCAAAGUCAUCCUUCGCCUGAGAGAUAAGGGCCCAACUGAGCGGAAUAAACCCCGGGUUGCAGAACAUCCGCGGGAUGGGCCACGGAUGUCAGACACAAGUAGGUUGGAGAGUGAGUUAACGGACCAGGUACCCGACACAAAGCCUGCAGCAGGGGUCACCAUGGGCGAAUACAGCGCCUCCUUCAAAGAGGACCGGCAAAAAGCAAUCAAAACAUUCAGGGAACUCAGAGUAGCGAACAGGCUUGAUGAAGUUGAGUUUCAGUGGUCCGUUACAUUCUAUCUCAUAUCCAACAAUAUUGCAAGUCUCAGGAUGAUUGAAUGGUUCGGUGCUGAUUGGGGCUUGAAUGGCCGAGGGUGGGUUACGGCUGGUCAUGAUCUCUGGGUACCAUCACUUGAUGGCAUUGAUUGGAAUCAUUCCAGCGAGUCCAGUCGUCGCUCUAGAGUAAAACUCAUCUUAAGCAGCGAAUAUGCAUGGGAAGCUGACGCCUGGACGCAUAUUUUCGGUCAAAUGAGAGAUGCCCCAGUUUUGGCAUCCAGAGAUAAACACGAAUACAACACUAUCAAGUUGAAGAGAGAUCCCGUGUCUUGCUUAUUGGUGGGUGAGCCCAAGUUUAUCAAGAGGAUUCCGGAUGCAACCUUUGGCCUUGCGACUUUCAACCCGAAAGACUACCAGAGUCCUCUGGCAGAAUGGAAUUUAGACCAUGACCGCCUUGAAGCACGCCUACUCCAUCGACAUUGCGGCCUUAUCUCUGACCCACGCUGGGGUGACGCGAAUCUUGCGUUUCCUUUCGCAGUCUAUGAAGCUAAAGGAUGGAGCGGGGAUGCCCAAGAAGCACGCCGACAGGGAUGUUCAGCGGGGGCAGUAUAUCUUGAUAUCAACAAUCAAGUCGUCAUCUUUACCUCCUUUGGAGCCCACUGGCAUAUCCUGGUUGGGUAUAAAAGACCCCGACUCGAAAGAGAGUAUGCCGGACAUGAUGGAUUUAGCGAGCCUGUUUACCAUGAAUUCCGUAGGAGAUGUUACACCAACGAUGUUGCCUCUUGCCUACAACUUGCAGACUGGGCUAAGCAUCUCUCAGAAGAAGCUCGCGGCAAGCUACGGGAAAGAGUAAUCUCCUAUUUCCAACAAGCAUAUCCAAGAGACCUCCCGGAUCUGACAGAUAACUGGCCGGCAGUAAUAACUUGCCUUUUGGAUGGCUGUGGUCCCGUGGGCACUCCAGGAUACCCUAUCCAAUCUAAGGAAGGGAUGGCGGCGCACUAUCGCGAGGUCCACGGAGAAGAUGAUGAAGUGAUAGCUGAUCUCAAGCGCCCUUGGGGCGAACGAGAAGAGACGAACAACAAUGACAACCCCGUGCAGCCUACAAAGAGGGAGAGGUUAGAGAGCGGAGAACCUGGAUCUUGCGCAAAGCGUGUUGCAGGCAUAUACUAUGAGCAGUUCUCGAUUCAUGAGCGGGCUAGUUGA